AUGACCCACAAUGGGAACCUCCGUGUGAAGGCCAAGUUUGAAGCCAGAGUCCCAGCUUUCUACUACAUCCCCCAGGCCAAUGACUGCAUGGUCUUAAAGGAACAAUGGAUUCGAGCUAAGUAUGAGAGACAGGAAUUUAUGGCUGAUGGGAAACCCAUUUCACCCUUAGGUAACAAAGAAGGAUUCCUGUGGAAGCGGGGAAAGGACAAUGCACGGUUCCUGAGAAGGAGAUUUGUCCUUCUGGCAAGAGAAGGCCUCCUGAAGUACUACACUAAGGAAGAGGGUAAAGGCCCCAAAGCUGUCAUCAGCAUCAAGGACUUGAAUGCCACCUUCCAGACAGAGAAGAUAGGCCACCCCCAUGGGCUACAGAUCACCUACAGGAGAGAGGGCCACACCAGGAACCUGUUUGUAUAUCACGAAAGUGGGAAGGAGAUAGUGGACUGGUUCAAUGCCCUCCGCUCAGCACGGCUGCGAUACCUAAAAAUAGCCUUUCCUGAGCUUCCAGAGUCUGAGCUCCUGCCCCUCCUCACCAGGAACUACCUCAAACAAGGAUUCAUGGAGAAGACUGGUCCAAAGCAGAGAGAACCUUUCAAGAAAAGGUGGUUUGCCCUGGACCCUCAGGAGCGGAGGCUGCUCUAUUAUAAGAAACCGCUGGAUGCUUUUGAGCAGGGCCAGGUUUUACUUGGGAGCAAGGAGCAAGGGUAUGCAGUAUAUGAAGACCUGCCCAAGGGCAUCCGAGGGAACUGCUGGAAAGCUGGCCUCACCAUCGUCACCCCAGAGCGGAGAUUUGUCCUCACCUGCCCCAGCGAAAAGGAGCGGCGGGAAUGGCUGGAGAGUUUGCAGGAUGUCCUGUCCUGCCCCUUGACACCCCUCAGCCUCCUCACUGCAUCAACAGAGAGUGGCCACAGCAGCAGGUGACCCAUUGGCUGAGGAACUGGCUGGCCACUGAACACCCAGAGCUCCUGUUGGAAAAGGGAGGUUAUCACUUCAGCUCCGGUUGUGGGCAUUAGUGCUCUGCAGCCAGCAGCCAUCCCUGGCAGUGAACUCUUCCAGGACUGAAGCUGUGGCUUUAUCUGCCAGCUCCCUGGGCCUUCCCCACUGCUGAGCCCCAGGGAUCUGGGGAACUGGAGCAUACACGAACACAUCUGCUCCCUCUCCUCCAAAUAUACCCAGGCCUGAAAUGUUCUUAAGGCCCAGAACUUUCUCAUCUGAAAUGAGGCAUUGCAAUUAAAAGGCACCCACAGCAUCACGCAAGUGGCAUCUUG